AUGCUAUUUAAAGGAUUCAUAGCGUCUUUGGUAUUCUACGUAAUCUAUUACUAUGCGUCUACAGGGGCACUUGACUUUGAAUUUGGAGGAAGUAGCAAAACUUGGGCUGACAAGCAACAGGAAGUGAAAGAUGUGUUUUUGGAAAGUUGGAGUUCAUACGAGAAUCAUGCCUGGGGUAAGGAUGUAUAUCACCCUAUAAAAGAAACGGGAAGCAACAUGGGACCCAAGCCUUUGGGAUGGAUGAUUGUUGAUUCGUUGGAUACAUUGAUGAUUAUGGAUUGUCCUGAACAAUUGGCCCGUGCCAGGAAGUUCGUCAAGGAUGACCUCGACUAUCAUUUUGAUUACAAUGUCAAUGUAUUUGAAACGACAAUUCGGAUGCUUGGGGGGUUACUCUCGGCCCAUCACAUUUCUGAGGAUGAUAUGUACUUGGACAAGGCCAUGGACUUGGCAAAUGGGUUAAUGGGUGGUUUCGACAGCAACAGUGGGUUGCCUUAUGCUUCCGUGAACUUGAUGACGGGCGAAGGUAUCAAGAAUCAUGUUGAUAAUGGUGCGUCAUCUACAGCAGAAGUGGCAACAUUGCAAUUGGAGUUCAAAUACUUAUCGAAGUUAACAGGAGAGACCUUAUUCUGGGAAAAAGUUGAAAAAGUGAUGAAAGUUCUCGAUGAAAAUAAGCCGCAAGAUGGGUUGGUACCUAUUUACGUCCAACCUGAUACCGGGAAAUAUCAGGGUAAGUUAAUCAGAUUGGGCUCCAGAGGUGAUUCAUACUACGAAUACUUAUUGAAGCAGUACUUACAAACGAACAACCAGGAACCUAUCUAUUGGGACAUGUACCGUGAAUCUGUAGAUGGAGUCAAAAAGCACUUGGUAAGAAAAUCAUCGCCAAAUGGAUUGACCUACAUUGGUGAAUUAGAGCAUGGAAUUGGAGGUGGAUUAUCGCCAAAAAUGGACCACUUGGUGUGUUUCUAUGGUGGAUUAUUGGCCGUUGGGGCCACCAACGGGUUGCCAUACAAAGAGGCUAAGAAGUUACCAAAUUGGGAUGCUGAUAAAGAAUCUGACUUCAAGUUGGGUGAAGAAUUGACUUACUCCUGCUACAAGAUGUACCACGAUGUACCAUCGGGAUUAUCGCCUGAAAUUGCAGUAUUUAACGAAAACCCUCAGGUUAAAAGUGACUUCUACAUCAAGCCACUCGAUAGACAUAACUUGCAACGUCCUGAAACCGUCGAAUCUUUAUUCUACUUAUAUAGACUUACAGGUGACGUCAAGUACCGUGAAUACGGAUAUGAGAUCUUCCAGAAUUUCCUCAAGCACACUAAGGUCACCAACGCAAAAGGGGAGGUGUCUUACACCUCUUUGGAUGAUGUCACGCAGGUCCCCCCACCAAAGAGAGACAAUAUGGAAUCGUUCUGGUUUGCUGAGACCUUGAAAUACUUGUACUUAUUAUUCGACGAUACUAACAAGUUCCCCUUGGACAAAUAUGUUUUCAACACAGAAGCGCAUCCAUUUCCAAGAUUCGAUUUGGGUCUUUUACACAAGACUGACUGGACCAGAGAUAAGCCGUAUCUCAAGUCUCCUCAAGCCAACUUCAAGCUUCCUGACCAAAAAAUACAGGACACUCCUAAGAAUGAUCCGAAAAAUAUUCCUGAAGCUGCACCAGCUGAUAAGCCCGCUAUCGAGGAGGCUAUGAAGGAGGCUCAAAAGAAUCCAGAAAUCCUAAAAGAUGCAAAGGCAGAGAAGAAGGAGAAGCUAAACAAAAUGUUACAAGAUCUUGAUUAG